AUGGGAAAGUUUUCAAAUAGCCGCUGCUUCGUGCGGAUUGAAGGGAAUCCUGAAGUUGUCCGCCCAUUUUCAUGUGUCAAGCCAGUAUCCUCAGUAGCCUUUACUUUUACUUUCGAUUCUACGCACCGCAGUAAGUCGACACUGCCCACUCUCCCCUCUGUAUCUCUCUGCAUGCUGCUCCGCACGACCAGGCUUGUCAGGAUCCCAAAUCGACAUUCCUAUGCAUUUCAAUUUCCCUUUAUGUUUUCCUCUCUAUCCCUUCAAUCUUCAUCCAAUCAAACCACUGAAGGCACUGCCUUUCACAUUUCAAAUCUGAUUAAUAAACCCAAUUGGGAACAUGACAAGACCCUCAAGUCACUGGCGUCUCAUAUGACCCCAUAUCUUGCUGGUAAGAUUAUUGGGCUUCACAGUAACAAUGUUGAACUUGGGGUUAGAUUUUUCAAGUGGGUUUGCAGACAAUCCUCAUAUUGUUAUGAUUUGGAUGGGAGAAUCCAGUUGUUGGGUGUUUUGGUUUCUCGUGAUCUUUUUGGGGUUGCACAGAAGGCUGUGGUUUUGUUGAUUCAGGAGUGUGAAGACAGUGAAAAUGGAGUUGUGAAGCUAAUGGGUGCUCUUGAUGGGAUGACAGAGCUGGGGUUUAGACUUAGUUACCCUUGUUACAGCACUCUAUUGAUGUGUUUGGCUAAGUUGAAUAUGGGUUUUGUAGCAUUUUUGGUUUAUAGGAGAAUGGUGAAUGAGGGGUUUGUUCUUGGUGGGAUUGACUACAGGACUGUUGUCAACGCUCUAUGCAAGAAUGGGUUUGUACAAGCUGCUGAAAUGUUCUGUUGCAAGGUUUUGAGACUUGGGUUUGGCCUGGAUACUCAUGUUUGUACUUCUCUGGUGUUGGCUAAUUGUAGGAGAGAUGAUCUCGGAGAAGCCUUCCGAGUGUUUGAGAAAAUGUCCAAAGAGGAAAGCUGUAGGCCCAAUAGUGUCACCUACUCAAUAUUGAUACACGGUUUGUGUGAAGCAGGUAGACUUGAAGAAGCCUUUCAAUUGAAGCAAGAGAUGGUUGAGAAAGGUUGCCAACCAAGUACCCGAACCUACACGGUCCUCAUCAAAGCUAAGUGUGAUAUUGGAAUGACUGAUAAGGCUAUGAAGAUGCUUGAUGAGAUGGCUACAAAGGCAUGUGUACCUAAUGUUCACACAUACACUAUACUGAUCGAUAGAUUAUGUAGAGAAGGAAAGAUUGAGGAGGCCAAUGGGGUGUUCAGAAAGAUGCUAAAACAUGGGCUAUGUCCUGGUAUAAUAACUUUCAAUGCACUGAUAAAUGGUUACUGCAAGGAAGGAUGGGUUGUUUCUGCUUUUCAACUACUUUCUGUGAUGGAGAAAGGGAACUGUAAACCGAACAUUCGUACCUACAAUGAACUUAUGGAAGGAUUGUGUAGGGUUAGUAAAUCUUACAAAGCAUUUUUGCUAUUGAGAAGGGUGGUUGAUAACGGUUUGUUGCCUGACAGAGUAACCUAUAACAUUCUGGUUGAUGGGUUUUGCAAGGAAGGUCAACUCAAUAUGGCUUUUAAUAUAUUUAAUUCAAUGAACUCAGCUGGCCUUGAACCAGAUGGUUUUACUUUCACUGCAUUAAUUGAUGGUCUCUGUAAACUGGGGAGACUAGAACAGGCAAAUGGAAUUUUGGGUUCAAUGGUGAAGAAGGGAAUAUCCCUUGAUGAGGUUACAUUUACAGCACUCAUAGAUGGGCAUUGUAAGAUUGGUAAGGCUAAAGAUGUAUAUUUUCUUUUUGAGAAUAUGGUGGAGAACAGAUGUUUGACAACAGCUCAUACAUUCAACUGUUUUCUUGAUGCACUCGGCAAAGAUUAUAAGUUGAAUGAGGCAAAUGCAAUGCUUGGGAAGAUGAUGAAGUAUGGAUUAGUUCCUUCUGUUGUGACUCAUACAAUAUUAAUUGAGGGACACUGCCGAGCUGGAUUUGUUUUGUCAAACACUGCUAUUGGAGCAGGAGCCCUAAGUUCUACUGGUGACUUGGAUGCUAGAUCAUUAUCUUCAGAGGAGAAUGAUAAUAAUUGUUUAUCCAAUCAUGUUUUUAGACUAAUGGAUGUUGACCAUGCUCUAAAAAUUAGAGAUGAGAUUAAGAAAUGUGGUGUGCCUACUGAAGAUUUGUACAAUUUCUUAGUUGUGGGUUUAUGCAAAGAGGGAAGAAUUAUUGAAGCAGAUCAACUUACCCAAGAUAUGGUGAAACGUGGUCUAUUUCCUGAUAAGGCCAUUUCUUCCAUCAUUGAACACUACUGCAAGACUUGCAAAUAUGAUAAUUGCCUUGAAUUCAUGAAAUUAGUUCUAGAUAAUAAAUUUGUUCCAUCUUUUGCAUCUUACUGUUGGGUGAUUCAUGGUCUACGCAAUGUGGGGAGGGUUCAAGAAGCUCAAAGGCUGGUCUCUGAUCUUGUCAGGCACACUGGUAUUGAGGAGGGAGUUGAAGUUACACCUUAUAUCGAGUUCCUAAUGAAGGAAGAGGAAGAUGAUCCUGACAAAUGCCUCAAGCUUAUAAAAGCGAUUGAGCAAGUGCAUUACAAAGAGAGGCCAAUUAUCUAAGUACCAGCCCUUUCUCAGUUUCUGAGAAUGAUGCCUGUUAAUAGAGGCAUGGAAUAUCAAGUUGGAUUCAUGAUUCAGAUGACAUGUCUGAUAAGACUGUAACAAGGUCUGCAAGGCAUUGAUCUCCACAGACAUAGGAGCAUAAUCAAUAGCUUAACUGAAGCAUGAAAGGAAUAGGUCGUAUCAUGAAUACAUCAUAAGGAGUUAAGUUUUUGUAUGCUUGUUUGGAUGAAAUGUGAGGAUGUUCAUGGUGAUUGAAGGGCCAAGAGUAUAUUUUGAAAUUGGCCUGAACAGAUGACUUGCUAUGCAACUACCUAUGUUUUGUCUAGUAUGCAAUUGGUCAGACCGAGUUUGUCAUCAAUCUAAGUGGAAGGGUUUAGAGUAUCAAUAUCAAAGCAACCCAACCCACUUCCGAGGCUGGUCCAUUCAACUAGAUAAGGUAAUAAUCUGUUCAUGUUAGUUAUUCUACAUUAGGCUAUUUGAAAUUAAGUAUCGUAAAUUGACAAUCAUGAAACAUUUAUUGAACUUAAUGAAAAUAUAACCUGCAGAUAUUCCAUGCA